AUGAUUCUCUUGGUCACCCAGGUCCUGCCACCGCCCCUGGUGCCCGUGGUUCCGUUCAGUCUGGUGGGUGGCACCAGUGACAACAGCAGGUUAGACCCAGCCCCAGAGUCCCAGAGAGACCAGACCCUGAGACAGCAGGGGCCCUUGGCCUUCCCCUUACCUGCAGGGCACCCUGCUGUCCCCACCAAGCCAGCAGGCCCAUGGCAAGAUUGUGCAGAGGCACGCCGGGCAGGCCAUGGGCAGAGUGGAGUGUAUGAGCUGCGACUGGGCCGGCAUGUGGUGUCAGCAUGGUGUGAGCAACAGCUGGAGGGCGGGGGCUGGACUGUGAUCCAGAGGCGGCAAGAUGGUUCAGUCAACUUUUUCACUACCUGGCAGCACUACAAGGCGGGCUUUGGGCAGCCUGAUGGGGAAUACUGGCUGGGCCUUGAACCUGUGCAUCAGCUGACCAGCCGUGGGGACCAUGAGCUCCUGGUACUCCUGGAGGAUUGGGGAGGCCGUGGUGGACGUGCCCACUAUGAUAGUUUUUCCCUGGAGCCUGAGAGUGACCACUACCGCCUACGGCUUGGCCAGUACCAUGGAGAUGCGGGAGACUCUCUUUCCUGGCACAAUGACAAGCCUUUCAGCACUGUGGAUAGGGACCGAGACUCCUAUUCUGGUAACUGUGCCCUGUACCACCGGGGAGGCUGGUGGUACCAUGCCUGUGCCCACUCCAACCUCAAUGGUGUGUGGCACCGUGGUGGCCACUACCGCAGCCGCUACCAGGACGGUGUCUACUGGGCUGAGUUUCGUGGCGGGGCUUACUCUCUCAAGAAGGCGGCCAUGCUGAUCCGGCCCCUGAGGCUGUGACCAUCUGUCCCCCAGGGGAUGUGUGUCAGCAGGAGCCCAAGUUGUCCUGGCCACACCUCCUUUAGGGUCAGUGUGAGCCCCGUCCCACAGACCCUCCCACUGUGGAUCUGCUCCCCAGGACCCUGAAAGUAGGACCCAGGAAUCCCCCUGCCAACAUCUCCAACCCGUGUGGCUCCCCAAGGGCACUCAGAUCUCGGUUUGAGCUCAUAUUUUAUAACAACACAAAAUAUCUACA